UGUCAACCCGGGAGAGCGGGUCUGCUCUUGCCUGCCGAAAGGCUCGCAUAGCAGCGAUCGAGCGGACGGAGCGAGAAGCGGAGUUUUGUCGGGGGCAACGCUGCAGCCGGGGGCGCCGUGAUGCAUCAAAAUGCAUUUCCCCUUUCGAUACAAGAGUUGGUUCACUCUGCAAACUGGAUUUGAUUGAAGAUCAACCAAUACUUGAGCUGGAAUUGCAAAUCUCAGUCACUUGGACAGCAUGCUGUGAUGGGGCAGUUGUGAAUGAAGUUUGCCUGCCAUGCACCCAACAGGAAGUGUAGAUGCCAGCUUUUCCCGUUCGACAGUGCAAACUCUGUCUCGUAGCCACUGUCGGAAUAUAAAACAGAAGAUCUCUCAAUGGGAAGGUCUCACAAAGGAGAGCUGCCAGGAGCAAAAGCAAAAACCCAAAGACUUUGGGGUCAAGUAUGGCCAUGACUCCAAGGAGCAGCCAGCUGGUCCUGGACAUAGCAGGAAGGUAGAAGGUUUAUUAAGCGUUAAGAGUCUUGGCUUAGAUUUCCGGGAAAACUCUCAUCUCUGCUCUGUGACGGAGGAGGAGGAAGAGAGACUCCAAGAGGCUGAUGUUCUGAGCCCCAGGCUGGGUUGCACCUCCAGGUGGAUAUCUGAAGAAGACAAUGAUGAGGACUGGAAAGGGGAGAGGCUACCCAGGGAAACCUCAUACCACGGAUCUGUGGAAACAGAUAGAGCCCCCCACCCUGGACAGCAGGCUUUGGACUUGAAAAGGAAAAGGGAAAGCUGUGGCUCAACAGAGAAGGAGUUGAAUGUUGCGCCAACAAAGAGCUUGGAGAACAUAUACUGUGAUGUUGAAGGCCAGGAGGGGCCAUCACCCAUUAACCCAGUACCCAAACCACGAAGGACUUUCCAUUACCAUGCAGACUGCCCUAACAGAAACCAUGUUGAACAGAAACCACCAGAACACCAGUGUAAUGGUGGCUGCCCUGCAACAGCCUCCCAUGACCCUGAACAGAAAGUGGCCAGAAGAGGCCUCCGAGCCAGAUCAAAGAGAAAGUCCUUUGAAUUUGAAGACAUCCAAGACUAUCGUAACAGGAUGGCUGCCGUGGAAUACCAGAAGCUCCAUGAAGACCUGAAUGGCACCACAGGUGCCCGCCUCUAUUGCACGCAGUCGGAGGACAACCUCUAUGAGGACAUUAUAGAUCCUGCAAAGGAGAAUUUAUAUGAAGAUAUUAAAGUGAAGCCAUUGUGGAAAAUCCCAUCUGCUUGGAAGCUGCCCCCUGCCCGGAACACCUACAAGCCACCCAAGCUUCCCCUCAAACCACACUUCCUUCAUCGUAAAACCCUGGAGUUAAAGAGUACUCGGAUCUGCCUGCGUGGGAAGCUGACCAAAGAUGCAACUCUACCUGUUACACUGACCGAAUGGAAGUUCUUCAAGGCAGGAGAGGCUGGAAACAGGAAGAGGAAAAAUCUUCCACGGCUUGUGUUGAAGAUACAGGAGAUCUUUGACUCCAAACGAGGGAAGAAGAAGGUGAAGUUGGUAGCUCAGACAGGAAAAGAAACUUCUCCAGCCAAAGGUGAAACCAGUGGGUAUGACAGCGAACCAGAGAAUCUGCCGAAAAGUCGUCAUAAGCGCCUGCUGCAAGUGCAGGCUCAGUCCAAGAGGAACCCCCAUUACCAGACACUGGAGCGAGACCUUAUAGAGUUCCAGGAGCAGCAGCUUUUUGAGCUGUUCGUAGUGGUGUCAUUGCAGAAGAAGCCAUUAGAUACAACAUACACUCCACAGAUUAUACAGCAGUUUCCCAGCAAGCCUGACCACCCCUUUAAGCAGCCUAAGGAUGCUGAGGAGAGGCUGAAGGUCAUCCCCAAAUUCUGCUUCCCUGACCCCAAAGACUGGUGUCCAACAUCAGAGUCCAAGAGUGAAACCUUUUCCUUCGUACUGACGGGUGAAGAUGGCAGUCGCUGGUUUGGAUAUUGUAAGAAGCUUCUGCCUGAAGGCAAGGGCAAACGGCUACCUGAGGUGUACUGCAUGGUGAGCCGCCUGGGAUGCUUCAACCUUUUCUCUAAGAUCUUGGAUGAAGUGGAGAAACGGCGAGAGAUGUCCCCGGCCUUGGUGCACCCAUUCAUGCGCAGUGUCAUGGAGGCGCCAUUCCCUGCUCCUGGGCGCACCAUCACUGUGAAGAGCUUCCUGCCAGGGGCAGGAAAUGAGGUGAUUGAACUUUGCCGUCCACUAGACUCCCGGCUGGAGCAUGUGGACUUUGAAUGUCUGUUUAAAUGCCUCAGCAUCUCUCACUUGAUCCAAGUCUGUGCUUCUCUCCUGCUGGAAAGGAGGGUGAUAUUUGUUGCUGACAAUCUAAGCACCUUGUCGAAAUGUGGCCAUGCGGUAGUUGCAACACUAUAUCCAUUUACCUGGCAGCACACCUAUAUCCCAGUCCUGCCUGAUUCUAUGAUAGAUAUUGUCUGCUCUCCCACCCCGUUCCUGAUUGGCAUCCUCUCCUGCUCUUUAACACAACUCCAAGACCUGCCUAUAGAAGAGGUACUGAUUGUUGAUCUCUGUGCUGAUAAGUUUUUGCAGCAGGUUUCAGAUGAAAAUGAGAUUUUACCUCACAAGCUCCAGGCUGCACUUGUGCAGGUAUUGGAAGAAAGGAAUGAAAUUUUACAUCAGGAGCAGAAUCAUACACAAGGUGAUGUGACUCUGACCUCCUUGGUGUCGGAAGCUUUUGUGCGUUUCUUUGUGGAGAUUGUGGGACAUUACUCCUUGCAUAUGCACAUCACAGAGAAAGGGGAACGGGUGUUCCAGCGGGAACCUUUCCGAAAAUCACACACCUCCCGCAAUGUGCGCCAUUUCCUUGACAUUUUCAUGGAGACACAGAUGUUUGCUGGUUUCAUACAGGAUCGAGAGCUUCGUAAGAGUGGAGUUAAAGGCUUGUUUGAAGUUCGCGCUUUUGAGUAUUUGGAGACCAUUCCAGAAUCUGAGCCAAGUGGGAUGAAUAAAAUCCUUCGUAGUCUGGGUAGUAAAAUGAAGUUUCUACAAAAGAAGUGAGAAGUUGCAGAACUGGUUCUAAGUUUUCAGUUUGUCACGACAAGAUGUCACUCCAUUGGCUAUUGCUGUGGGACAGACGGGAUCACAGGAACUUGAUUCAGAUGAGCUUCACAUAUCUGGAAGUAACUGCAUCAAGUCUGAGUGGAACUCUUGAUCAUUACUCUGUUUGGUCCAAAGGGAGUAUUGCUAAAAAGUGGACUUUGAUCUGCAAAGGUGAAACUUGAUCAACUGAGCGAGAUAUUCCUGUUUAUGCUGCUUGGCCUGUCCAUAAAAGACUCCAGCUCAAAGCGUUCUAAAGGCUAAACUGAUACCUUUAAAAGGAUGCAUGAAUGAUAGAAAAACAACAGAUCCAGGAAGUGGUCAGUACCAAUACUACACUGCAGAGAUUCUGUGUACAAGGGAGUUCCUUUAAAACUGGAAUGGCAAAACCUUUUCAUCUGUCUUCAUCUAUCACAUCAGCCUGUCAAGUUCUCUAGCAUUGGUCUGGAUUGUACUUGCAUAUCGCAAAGCUUUAUAUUUUGCAGCUGUUGGGAGCAAAAUGAGAACUUCUGCUUCUUGCUAUUUUGGUUUUAUAUCAGAAGCUGAAGGUUUCCGUCAAUAUUGUAAAAACAGACAUUUUUUGCCUUUUUACAAGUCCAAGAAUAUGCCUCACAUUGGAAUGUUGUACUUGCCAAGAAAAUACUAUUUGAUCCUAACUGGGAACAUGGAGAGUUUUUUACUCAGAUGAUAGGAUUAAAAUGAACUAGUUUUUGUUUGGUGUGGAGCUAGCAUGAGAGAUAAGUUUCAACAGACUAUUUUGCUGUGAGUGUGGAGUCUGAUAGAGAUGGGUUCAUCUUUGAAUGCAUAGUUGUCUUUUGCUACUGUUGAAUAUCCACUGCAGAUAUUAACUUUCAUUUCUUUAACCUAUGUUUGUUGUGAUCUGCUUUUAAGAGAUAUUGAAUCUUUUUGUAACCAUUUUCCUCAUGGGUUUACACACCUUGCACAAUAACUGCCUGGAAAUAUAAUGACCAACAUCUGUCACCUUUAACCAAAUACAACAAUGACAUUUGCUCAGUGGAUUACUCUGGCUACUCUUGCCUUUACUCUUUCCUCUGUGGAUCAGUCACUGCAGACAGAGACUACUCAUUGAUGGAGCUUUACUGUAUGUUUACAUGCAAAAAAGGAGGGGAGCCCUCAGGUUUAAUACAUGGGUCUGUGCAAUCUUGGAGUAAACAAGAGCCCAGAAAAGGAAUUUCUUAAGAAAUGUUUAAGCUUGGGUUCUGGAGAAGUGGGUUGAACUUUUCCUGCCUCAUUAAUCUAUGGACUUGGAUUAAAUAUUGGAUUUGAGUUUUGCAGGGCUGAACAGGUCAGUGAGAGAUACUUGAUAUUUCUUUCUUACAACCUGCAAAAUAUACUAGACCAAGGAGAAAAAAAAAUGGGAAAAAAUAAAUCCUGCAGAACUUGCAACAUUUUAUUUCAGAAUCUGUACCCUGAAGAGAGGUUUCUCAAUUUGCUCUGUACUGCCAGCUGUUUCAAGUUUCCACUCAGUGAUUUUCCAUUGGUGAAUUGUCAAGAAACUGAAAGAAAAUUUCAUUUCCAACUCCAGUUGUUUGAAGCCAACAGCUGUUUUCUGGGCAUGUUUACUCAGAGUAGGACCUAUUUAAUUAAGUAGUACUUAUUCUGUAGAAAGUUUUUGUAGGUUUCACCUUUAGGUAGUAAUCUUAAAUACACAUUUUCUUGUCAAAAAAGUGCCUUUGAAUGGUAUACUGCUUACUUCUGCAUAAAUAUGAUAGGAUUCUGCUGCAAGGCUGUGGUCUUUUGUACCAUUGCUGCCCAAACCUGUGCUUGUUUGAGCAGAACUAAGUCCCUUUGUAUUCAUGAGUUCUUACUCUCAGAUGUGCAGAAUUUCAGCCUUACAUGGAACAGUCCAUUGAAUUUGUGGGGAUUUAUUUCUGAGCAAACAUCUGUAGAACUGUGGUGUACAAGUGAAUUCCAAAUGCAAGUAAAGGAAAUACUUUUUCUUUCAUUCCCUUUAAGAAAAAUGUUUGAGAACCACUGAUUGGCUUAGUUUGCUGCUGCAGUUCUGUUUUGAAUGUUAUAUACUGUAACAUCUUACUGAACUACAAGUUUAAUAAGAGGAAGCAGAGCAAAAUACUCACUUUUAAUAUGUUUCAGCACUUAAAAAUGAUUGCACUUGACUGGAAGAGCAGGAAAAAAACUGCUUCGAGCUCUUGCAACUCCAGUCUCCUCGUCUGUUCUGGGGCAUUGUCUGGCUAUAGGAUGCAUCACCCACUUUAUAAUUCCAGUCACACCAUUGCACACUCAUGUAAGGGGAACAGACUACCUUCAUCUCUAUGGAAACAGAACCUGCCAUUGCUGGUCUCUCUUCAGUAUGGUGCUUCCAUGUUUUGCAGUCUGCAUUACUUAUUCUGGACAAAGCCAUAUUCUGUGAUGUAUAAAUGAAACCAAAACUGUGUGUACAGAAAUAGAUAUGUAAUAAACCAAGUUCUUUUGGGAACAUGGUAGAAAUAAAAUGUGGGGUUUUUUGUA